UAGGUCUCAAUUUCGCUUUCAAGGGUAAACGAGCUGUGUCCGCAACAAGUGCGCGCUGCGUGCGUCCCGUCCGUUGGCCGGCGUGGUUUCGCGCCAACUUGUGGCUGCAGUACAAGGAAACGCGCCACACGAUCGGGACACGGUCAAACUGAAAUUCCCGCGAAACUCAAAACAUUCCAAUACAUUAACAUUUUAAAAUGGUUUUAAAACUGUUGCUUCGUAAUGUUUGCGUCAAAUUAAAACGUGUCUAUUUUUAAUUCAAAGCAGUUGUUUUUAUUGGAAAAUGGAGGUGUCGAGCACGAUUGGCCCGACGCCGCAUCGGUCGCCGACUCCGGAACUUCACGCGACGUACACAAGUCUUGAGAUCUUGGUGGCCCUUGUGGCUGUUGUUGGAAAUGCGAUGGUGAUACACGUGUUUCGUAAAGACAGGCGGUUGCGUCGACGGACGAAUUAUUAUAUUGUGUCGUUGGCUAUUGCGGACUUUUUGGUCGGUUUGCUUGGGAUCCCUUUUGCGAUCCUGGCUUCAGUUGGACUACCGAGAAAUCUCUACGCCUGUCUCUUCACAGUGUCAUUGCUGGUUAUGCUGUGCACGAUCAGUAUCUUCUGUUUAGUGGCAGUAUCUGUGGAUCGCUACUGGGCGAUACUUCAUCCAAUGGGUUAUUCGAGGAAUGUUCGGACGAAAACGGCAAUCUGUAUCAUAUCAGUAUGCUGGGUGGCUGGCGGGUUGGUAGGAUUCCUGCCAUUACUGGGGUGGCAUGCAGCCGUGGGGCCAUCGCCUGGCUGCUACUUCGUAGAAGUGAUGGACUAUAACUAUCUGCUGUUCCUAUACUUUGCGACGAUUGUGACACCUAGCGUUUUGUUGGCGGCUUUCUAUACCCAUAUUUAUAGAGUUGUAGUCAAACAGAUGAGCGCCGUGGUAACUGUUGAAGGUGGACAAGGACGUGCCGGAACAAUGUUACGAGUGCUUGGUGCUGCACAGAAACGAGAAGUGAAGGCGACACAGAACCUUGCCAUUAUAGUUUUCUUCUUCAUCGUUUGCUGGAUACCAUUGUACACUAUGAACGCUAUAAAAGCAUUCAUGCCUGAGCUCGAUAUACCAAAUCCUAUUACUUACUUUUGUAUUAUAUUCUCGCAUCUAAACUCUGCCAUCAACCCUCUCCUAUACGCGUAUCAUUUGAAGGAUUUCCGAGCAGCUUUAAAGGGUCUACUUUGUACGAUUAUUGGGAGAGGAGUACCCAUACCAGCUGCAUAUCGACCCCCAAUACCGAUACGACGUCCAGCCUUGGAAAGAUGUAACGCCUUGCGAGAGAGACCCAGAGUGUAUGUGAACUCUCCAGUCUGGUUGCGUCAGAAGGAAGUCGAAAGAUUAGCGUUGGAAGAAAAGAAAAGGAUAGCAGGUAACCCGGUAUCUACAAAUCCAGAUUUGGAGCCUUUCUUGAGUCGAACUCAUGGUCGGAGAGCGGAAGGACUGGACAAUCACAUGGGACCUUUUUUGAUUGAAUCCAAUCAGGAGUGUCAAAGACCCUGUCGGAAGGUUGAGGAUUUUAUUCGGAGAGUGCGAAGUGUCAGUUCGGACAGAAGUUGACAUGAGAUCCGCCGAGACUCGGCAUUUCACACAGAAUAAAGCUUUAAUUAUUUUAGUGUCAUUUGUAAAUACCAUAUUUAUUAAGAUAUAUUUUUUAAAU